GCCUUUUGUCUUGGCUUCCUAUCGAAAAAUCCCACGGCCGGACCCUGAAGCAAGAUUGAAAGGGAACAUCUUCAAAGCCGACCGGGCUGACGAUUUACAAUUUAAUUUCUGGAGGGGCGCCAGUCAAAUUCACUCUGUACUUUCAGCGGAGGAAAUCAGGAAUUUUACCGGACACACACAUCCACCAUGGACGCCGCCGGCUUGAGGACUCGCAUCCAGGCGACUCUGGACGCAAACGCUGAUGCCCGUCGCCAGGCAGAGUUGGAUUUGCGAAAUGCCGAAGACACUCCCGGCUUCUGCGAGGCGCUUUUGAACAUCCUCGAAGCAGAGCAGGACACAGCAGUGCGCCUGUCCACCGUCGUCUACCUCAAGAACCGCAUCACCAAGGGCUGGGCUCCCAUCGAGAACGACCAAUCACGAUUCAAGGCCGUACCUGAAGGCGAUAAGCAGGUCAUCCGCGCUCGUCUCGUCCCUAUUCUCGCCGCAUCGCCGCCGCAAAUCCGCGCACAGCUCGUUGCUACCCUGCAAAAGAUCCUGCACUACGACUUCCCCGAGCAGUGGCCCGACUUCCUCAACAUCACCGUCAAUCUUCUGAACCAGCAAGAUGCCGGCAGCGUCUUCGCCGGUCUGCAGUGUCUGCUGGCCAUCUGUCGCGUCUACCGCUUCAAGAUGGGUGAGACAAGAGAAGACUUUGACAAGAUUGUGGAGAUGACAUUCCCCCAGUUGCUCAACAUUGCCAACAGCCUGGUCAACGAGACCAGCCUCGAGGCUGGAGAGAUGCUGCGCACCAUUCUCAAGGCCUACAAGCACGCCAUCUACUUCGAGCUCCCCCGCCACUUGCGCGAGCAACAACAGAUCGUCGGCUGGUGCACUCUUUUCUUGAACGUCGUUGCAAAGGACCCUCCGGCCGAGUCGAUGAUCGAGGACCUGGACGAGCGCGAACAGAACCACUGGUUCAAGUGCAAGAAGUGGUCAUACGUCAACUUGAACAGACUGUACGUCAGAUACGGAAACCCCACAAACCUGGCCAAGAACGAGGCCGAGUACGCCGAGUUCGCAAAGAGCUUCAUCAAGGACUUUGCCCCUGAAAUUCUCAAGGGCUACCUUGGCCAGAUCGAGAAGUGGGUGGGCAAGACGACAUGGCUGAGCAAGCCCUGCUUGAGCUUCACUUUGGUAUUCAUGGAGGAGUGCAUCAAGCCCAAGACUAUGUGGGACCACCUUAAGCCGCACAUGCAGAUCUUGAUCCAACAUCUGAUCUUCCCUGUUCUGUGCCAGUCUGACGAGGACAUUGAACUUUUCGAGACCGACCCCUCCGAGUACCUGCACCGUAAGCUCAACUUCUACGAAGAGGUUUCCGCCCCCGAUGUCGCCGCCACGAACUUCCUUGUUACCAUGACCAAGGCCCGCAGAAAGCAGACUUUCUCUGUUCUCAACUACGUCAAUGACGUUGUCAACCGUUACGAGGCAGCCCCUGAGGAUCAAAAGAACCCAAGAGAGAAGGAAGGUGCUCUGCGCAUGAUUGGAACUCUUUCCGGUGUCAUACUCGGCAAGAAGAGCCCUAUCGCAGACCAGGUCGAGUUCUUCUUUGUGAGACAUGUUUUCCCCGAGUUCCGCAGUCCCCAUGGUUACCUGCGUGCUCGUGCCUGCGACACCCUCGAGAAGUUCGAGGCGCUUGACUUCAAGGACUCCAACAAUCUCCUGGUCAUCUACCGCAACAUUCUCGAGUCUAUGGCCGAUCCUGAGCUCCCCGUCCGUGUUGAGGCCUCGCUCGCUCUCCAGCCUCUUAUCCGUCACGACGUUAUUCGCAUCUCCAUGCAAGGCGAUAUUCCUCAAAUCAUGCAGCAGCUUCUCAAGCUGGCUAACGAAGUUGAUGUGGAUGCUCUUGCCAACGUCAUGGAGGACUUUGUCGAGGUCUUCGCCGCUGAGCUUACUCCUUUCGCCGUUGCCCUUAGCGAACAGCUUCGUGACACUUACCUUCGUAUUGUUCGUGAGCUGAUCGAGCGCAACUCAUCCAAGGAGGGUGAUGACGAAUACGGUGACUUCUUGGACGAUAAGAGCAUCACCGCUCUGGGUGUCCUCCAGACCAUCGGUACUCUUAUCCUGACUUUGGAAAGCACUCCCGACGUUCUGGCCCACCUUGAGACUAUUCUCAUGCCCGUCAUUACCAUCACUCUGGAGCACAAGUUGUACGAUCUCUACAACGAAGUAUUCGAGAUCAUCGACAGCUGCACCUUCGCUGCCAAGACCAUUUCAUCUACCAUGUGGAAUGCUUUCGAGCUGAUUCACAGGACUUUCAAGUCAGGUGCUGAGCUUUACCUCGAGGACAUGCUCCCUGCCCUUGAGAACUUUGUUAACUACGGUAGUGAGGCUCUCAUCCACCAACCUCAAUACCUUGAGGCUAUUGUGGAUAUGAUCCGCACCAUUUUCCAGAACGACUCCGUUGGUGGUGUUGAGCGUAUCUGCGGUUGCAAGCUUGCUGAGAUGCUCAUGCUCACCCUCCGCGGACACAUCGACAACUACAUUCCCGAGUUCAUCAUGAUCGCCAUGACUGUGCUGAACAACGAUGAUGUCAAGGUCAAGUCGUACCGCAUCCACUUGAUGGAGACUGUCAUCAACGCUCUCUACUACAACCCCAGCCUUGCUCUGCACAUUCUUGAGCAAAAUGGCCAGACCAACAAGUUCUUCAGCUUGUGGUUCUCAAGUAUUGACAUUUUCACCCGCGUCCACGAUAAGAAGUUGUCGAUUGCCGCUAUCACCUCCCUCAUUGUUCUUCCCGCAGAUCAGGUGCCCGUCAGCGUACAGCCUGGCUGGCCUCGUUUGCUCCAGGGCAUUGUCCGUCUUUUCCAGACCCUUCCUGCGGCCAUCAAGAACCGAGAGGAGGCAACUCGGGAAGACGACUUUGGCAUCGGCGGUGAUUACGACGACGAGGAAGAGGAUGAUGAGUGGGAGGGUGAAGUUGACUGGACCGCUGAGGAGAUUGAGGGCGAGACCGACGACAUCAAGGAUGAGAGCGCUGCUUACCUCGACUUCCUCUCACAGCAGGCUUCUAAAUUCAGCUCCAUUGGCGAUGAUGAUGAUGACGACGAGUUGGAAGAGGAGUCAUUGCUUGAAACUCCUUUGGAUAAGGUGGAGCCGUAUGGCAUGUUCAAGCACGCACUUUUCCUUCUCCAGCAACAACAACCUCAGCUCUACCAAGACCUGACCAAAACGCUGAGCCCCGAGGAGCAACAAAUCAUCCAAACGGCCGUGAAUCAAGCCGACCAGAUUGCUGCUCAGCAGGCAGCCUUAGCGCAGCAAGUCACCGAGGGAGCAGCACCGCUCAAUGGCGGCAUUUAAUGAAUGAACAAGAACGAAAAAAUGAAAAACAAGAAAAAUGGCACAAUCGAGAAGAAAGACAUUGUGCGGAGCGAUAUGAGAAAAAUUGGAGUUUAGUGAGCAAUAAGUGCUUGUAUGGCGAC